AUGGUUCAUCUCGGGUUCCUUCUUUUUUUCUGCGCCGCUGUACCGCGCGUACUCGGUGCAAACACGUACACGGAUCUCGGAUGCUACAAGGCGUCUGAUUUGGAAUCCUCAUUAGAAUCCAAGGGUCAGUACCAGUACCAGUCGCGAUCGUACUGCGAGCAGCAGUGUUCGGGUAGUACGGUGGUCGCGCUUGUGGGCGGUGACACUUGUUAUUGCGGUAAUUCGGUAUCAAUUUUUGGUUCGAUCUCUUCACAGGAUUCUUCCCAAUGCAACACGAAUUGUGACGGAUGGCCCUAUGAGACGUGUGGUGGCUCCGGAUACAUGGAGGUUUUGGUUUUGCAAGGCACUAAUGUGCCAUCAGGGUCGUCGUCCUCGGGCUCGCGUUCUUCGACAACUUCUUCGUCGUCAAGUUCGAGUUCUUCGACAAGUUCAACUUCAUCUUCGUCGUCGUCGUCUACAUCAAAUCCUUCGUCUUCGUCGUUGUCGUCGUCGUCGUCGUCGUCGUCUCUCUUGUCAUCUUCAUCUAGCACCACCUCUUCGUCGUCAUCUCCUUCUAGCACAAGCUCGUCGUCGUCAUCUUCGUCCUUAUCAACGCAAUCGUCAAGUUCCUCCUCCACAAGCACAUCGUCGUCAUCCGGGUCAACGGGAUCAUCUUCAGAAACCAUGAUUGUGACUACGGCGUCUGUGUCGGUCGUGACGCUGUCAAACAGUGGUAGAUCAACGGUGAUAGUGACUGCCACUACAGUGGUAAAUUCCACGCCGACGGGUCAAACUGCCAAUUCCAAGGACACAAAGCGUAAAUCGGGGUUGUCCGGUGGAUCCAUAGCCGGAAUUGUCGUAGGUGUCGUCUGUGGCGCUAUCCUCGUCGCGGCAAUCGUUUUCUUCUUGCUGUGGAGACGCAGAAAACAGCAAGAAUCUGACAUGGAAGAAACCAAACAACAUCAACCUUACUCGUUUGGCGAUGCUUACCACGAUGGUUCCUCCACAGGCGGCAAUGUCCCCUCAGAACGGUUACAAGGCGAAGAUAUCUCGUUAAGCGAAGACCUACUGCGACCUUCUGCCGUUUUCGCAGACAAUUUCGGCCGACUACGUCUCAGUAACGGUUCACUACCACAUGUCGUUCCUCAGGCACAAGCUCGUCCUCUGCGAAUCGUGAACCCCGAUUCUGAUGAGGAUUCCAAUAAAGAGGAUGACAACCUGUAA